GACAAAUGCCUCCGAAUGACUAUUGUGAUAUGAUUAUACAGGCUUGGGCACCCGCGGUACCAAAUAUGACAGCUCUUGAAAAUGAUAAUGCAGGAGAUUUCGAUGAUGCUGUCAAAGUUGAAAUUAUGAAAGGUAAGAUGGCAGGAAAAUAUGCUCCCGUCCCAGCUCAAAAUAAUUUUGUAAAUCCAGCAGUUAAUAUUGAUAGUCCAGAUACUUUAAGAGAAUGGUUAAAUGCAAAAUAUCAACGAGAAACAGUUGGAACUAGCCAAUCAGCUAUUUUAAGAUUAUCUCAAGAAAGAUUCCAACCUUUUGAUAAUCCCGAUACCUAUGAAGCCCGAAUUCGUCCACUGAUAUUAGGUGUACCAAAUGAUGAUGCACGAGUAUUAGGAACUCUCAAGACACAUUUAUCAAGUGACCGAGAACUUUAUAGUUGGAUGAGAAAUGAAAAUAUAGCAGGAAUUGAUGAUUUUUUCAUUAUAUUGAAAAAUAUGUGGCUUGAACGUUCUAGUUUAUAUCCUGCUAGUAAUAUUCUACAACCUACGGUUUCACAACCAGCAUUACCUUCGUAUGAUGAAAUGCAAAAAUCUUUUCAAGCUAUGUUUGAUAAACAGGAUGCUAAACAUAAAGCUGAGAUGGAAAAAUUGAAAGCUGAGUUCGAAUCAAAAAUGAGGGGGGGAGAUCCUAGAUGGUUAAAUACUUCUAGAGAAGAAAGUCUACAGUGGUUGGAUAAAGCUUUUCCCCCUCCCAUAGCAACUAAACCAGAACGAUUACGAUCAACAAACCAAUCUACUAGAAUAAAUAGAAUGGAGGAAGGACUCAAUGAAACUCGUGAAGCUAUGAACCAAUUAACUGAAGAAUUCCAGAAACUAAAUAUACAUGCAAAGGCAUCCUCACUCUGUGAGACACCAAAAAAUCCUGAAACAUAUGAUGAACUAUUGCCAAAGCUUUCGCCAGCAAUGCGUAAAAUGUGCCAGACCCAUACAGUUCAGAAAAAAGAAUCAAAAUCAGAUAAGUGGUUUUCAUCUUUACAAUACCUGAAUGCUAGUAUAAAUGAUUUAUCUAUUUCCGAAUCUUUUUUAGAUAUUGGAAGUGAAUUCGGAGCCUUGAAUGAUGCAACAAUUAAUGCUCUUGGAUGGAAAGCUGAUAUGCCAUCUAACUUCGAUAUAAAAGGUAACUCUAAAUAUAUCACUGAAUCAUUAGGAUGGUUUACAGAUGUGCCAAUCACUAUAAAGGAUAAGGAUGGUAAAACAGUUACAGCUAGUGGAAAUUUUACACAUAUUGAUAAUGGUGAACCCGAACCAAUGUUAUGUUUAGGUAUGACAUGGAUUCGAAAAGUUCAAGGUAUUCUUGACCCAAAUAAAAACCAAUUCCGAAUGAAGUUACAUGGUAAGUCUUACAUUAUCCCAACUUUUAACAAGGCUCCAGAAGCAUUAGAUCCACCAAAAGAGAAGCAAGAUUCAUUACCUCAAGUAUCUAGCAUCUCAUCUAACUCAACUAAUGAGGAAGACUUAAAAAAAAAAUGCGUAAAUUGCGAGAGAUAUGAAAAAAGUCUUUAUAAUGCAUUUAAAUCGAUUACAGAACUUAAUGACUGUAAUGAAGCUCUGCAAGCAAAGUGUAGUAAUAUUAUUGAGCAUGUUACAGAUAAAGUCAAAAUGGAUUAA